GACCCGAGCCGGGGCCGAACCUAAACGGGCUUCUUCUUGGGGCAGAAGCCAACGCAGCCGUCUCCUACUGCUCUCCCAGGCAGCCGAGCAGGUCACACAGACGCGACGCACACAAACUCCCGUGUAUCCGCCCAGAGACAGCACGCCCAGCUUCAGCUCCGGCGAGAUCUCUCCGGCGACCUCGAGAUGAGCCGCGGAUCGGGCGCGGGGUACGACCGCCACAUCACCAUCUUCUCCCCCGAGGGCCGCCUCUACCAAGUCGAGUACGCGUUCAAGGCGGUCAAGUCGGCGGGGGUGACCUCUAUCGGCGUGCGCGGCAAGGACUCCGUCUGCGUCGUCACCCAGAAGAAAGUGCCGGAUAAGUUGCUGGAUGAAACGAGUGUCACCCACUUGUUCCCGAUUACCAAGUACAUUGGGCUGCUUGCCACUGGCCUCACAGCUGAUGCUAGGUCCUUGGUCUCCCAAGCGAGAAAUGAAGCAGCGGAGUAUCGUAAAAAAUGGGGCUAUGAGAUGCCUGUUGAUGUACUGGCAAAAUGGAUAGCAGACAAAGCACAAAUAUACACGCAGCAUGCGUACAUGAGACCCCUUGGUGUAGUUGCUAUGGUCUUGGGCUAUGACGAAGAGAAAAAUGCUCAACUCUUCAAGUGUGACCCUGCAGGUCACUUCUUUGGACACAAGGCAACCAGUGCUGGACUCAAGGAGCAGGAAGCAAUAAAUUUUCUAGAGAAGAAAAUGAAGGAUAGCCCACAGUUCACAUAUGACGAAACUGUUCAGAUUGCGAUUUCCGCAUUGCAAUCAGUUCUACAGGAAGAUUUCAAGGCUACCGAGAUCGAGGUCGGUGUAGUGAGGAAAGAAGAUCGUGUUUUCAGGGCACUCACGACAGAGGAGAUCGAUCAGCACCUAACAGCCAUAAGCGAGCGCGACUGAGCGGCGCUGAAAUUUGAACUGUGGGUGAUCAUACACAGCGUUGUAGUGCUUUGGCACUGUUAUUUUAUUUCGUAGCCAGCCAAGAAACAUUCAGUGAAUCAUUUGAUGUGUAGCAACAAAAACAGGCAUCCAGUCUGCCGUGUAUUAGUUGGAUCAUCCUUUUGUGUGGUUGAAUUUGCUACGACUUAAUUUAAUAUAUAUUGCUGGCAAAUGUGUGCGAGCACCUGCUUAAGAA